GUCGGCGGAGGACCGGCAGGUCUCAUAGCAGCUCUAACGCUACGAAGGAACGACAUACCAAUCCGUAUAAUCGACCGCAGAGAUGCGUUUCCCGAAGCGAUCCGGGGGACAUCCAUCCAGCCUCGAACGCUGGAGAUACUAGAGUCGCUUGGGGUAUUAGAUGAUGUCAUGUCCAUUUCGACGCCGCCCUACAUGAUGGCUGUGCAUGGCGUCGGAAAGGAGAUCUUACAGGAGAUCAAGUGGGCUGACGAGGUGGAUGAGAGUCCCGGGAUACCAUACGUGGGUCCAAUCAACUUACACCAAUCUAUGUUCGAGAAUGUUUUGCGAAAGAAUCUCGAAAAAUUGGGCACUAAGGUUGAGUUGGGUGUGGAACUGGUCGGGCUCGAGCAAAGCAAAGACAAGGUCAUUGCGCAUAUCAAGAGCGAAGAGGGAGAUACUGCGCAGGCAUUCCAAUAUAUUAUCGGCGCCGACGGCGCCAGAGGAUCAAUGCGUAGAUUGCUAGGCCUUUCGUUCUUAGGGGAGACCAAGGAGAGCGACAAGAUGUUUGUCGCUAACGUCGAGUGCACAGAUAUUGACCGCACGCAUUGGCAUCGAUGGGGCGAGUUUGGUGUGAAGAUUUUCUUCAUGAAGCCGGUGCCGCCCGCACCUACAUUCCAUAUCCAAGCUAUGGGUGUCGAGCUUCCUAUCCCCGCUCCUCAGGACGAUGAAGGCAUCCAAGCGAUGUUCAACGACAUCAGCAAGUCGACUGAUAUACAGCUUCGGAACACGUCAUGGGUAUCAGAAUGGGGAGCUAAUAUUCGGAUGGCCAAUAAGUUCAGCGUAGGGCGUGUGUUCUUGGUUGGUGAUAGCGCACACUGUCAUUCUCCAGCAGGCGGCCAAGGUACCAACACAGGUGUCAUGGAUGCGUUGAACGUGUCGUGGAAAUUAGCCCUCGUCCAGAAACACCUCGCAUCCCCAAGCCUUCUCGAUACAUACGAAGCCGAGCGGAUGCCAGUCGUAGCUGAGAUGCUCCAUCUGACGAAUGAGCUGCAUCACUUGGCAUUCAGCCGCAUGCCCCCCUCGACGCUUGAGGCGGGUAGGAGCGAGGGCAGACCAGGCGAUCCGAUGUGGAGGCCCAAGCAGGGUCUACUGCUCGGAGUCAAUUAUCGAUGGAGCCCAAUUGUAUUGGAAGGAAGAGAGUUCGAGGGAGAAGAGACCCUGGUAGAGAAGAGCCCAUAUGGGGUUGCGGGAGAUAUGAUUCGAGCUGGCGACCGUGCGCCGGACGCGACGAUAUUGAAGUUGAAGCCGGUAGAGGAACAAACGAGGUUGUUCAAGGUCAUCGGGGGUGGCAAUUUGCACACCAUCCUCGUCUUCGCUGGGCGCCAGCCGAGAGAUCUGGGUGCUGAAGUCCAGGAUAUGAUCAGGUAUCGUCAGGCUGGCGUCGCCUCGAUCAACCUGCUCGCCCCGUCCGCUUCGACACCUCAAGACAUUCAGGACGUAGGUCGCUAUGUAGACGUUGGAGGGGUUGCGUACGCGGGAUAUGAGGUGAGUGAGGACCAGACCACGUAUGUGGUGAUUAGGCCGGAUGGAAUGAUUGGGGCGUAUGCGACGAGCGUGGCGCAAGUGCAUCGUUUCUUCUCUCUGAUCAUGUCUGAAGGUGUUUCGAUGUGA